AUGCUGAGUGCUUUCAUGGGCUUCAUUGAACCCGGUGAUGAAGUGAUCAUCUUUGAACCGUUUUUUGAUCAGUAUAUAAGCAACAUUGAGAUGCCAGGCGGUAAAAUAACAUACGUGCCACUCCAUCCUCCAAAGGACGGUGCUCAGAAGACAUCUUCUGCAUCGAACUGGACUAUUGAUUUUGACGAGCUGGAAAAGACUAUCAACGAAAAGACAAAGAUGAUUGUACGUUUUUACUGCCCACAAUAUAGCUACUUCUGCUAA